AAACAUUAUAUCUUUGUCUGCAAAAAGGGGGUUGUAAAGCUAGGGUUCAGGAUUUGGCCAAGGCCGAUAAUAUGUUGAGGGCAAAACAUGGGCCAAACUAUCUAAUAUUCGAUCUGCAGUCCGAAAACUUUGGCCAGGACCGGAAUUCACAAUCCUUAGACAAUUCUUCAAUAGUCCAAUGUGGUUGGAAACCAAAUUUGAGUCCUGGUUUGGAAAAAUUGUGCUCCAUUUGCAAACAGUUGGAAAAAUGGUUGUCUUCUGAUGAUAGGAAAAUUGCAGUCAUAUAUUCUGGGGAUGAUAUUUUGCGUCUAGAAUGUGUCCUAAGGGCCUAUAUGCAAUAUAUAUCAAUUUGUGGGUCCAGAUCGCCCUCAAAAGACAACAGGGACCUGGAUUUAUAUGCAAUGCAAAGGUUUUUAGAUGACAGGGUCGGAUUGGAAGUCACUCCUUCAAACCAAAGAUACGUCAACUAUUUUGCCGGUUUGCUAUCAGGACAAAUAAAAAUGAACGCAAAGCCCUUAUUUUUGACCCACAUUUCCAUACCAGGACCUUUAGAACAACAUCCUGGACCGUCAAAAAUAUUUUUCAAAAUCUACGAAGGAUUAAAACACGUCCACACCACAGGAAUUUACCAACCAAACCACCACCAUCAACCCUUACAAAUAAAUACCCACGGUUUACGUCUUCGUGGUGACAUUUUAAUAAGAUGUUACCAUGUAAAUGGUGACUUUUCAACACAAAAUGGUGAUUUUGGUUGUAGAAGUCCAAAUGGUGACUUUGGUAGAAGACAAAGGUCCUUGUUGUUUUCCUUGCAGUUUCAUACUUGUGCUGGAAACAGGACCAUGAGGUUGGGGAAACGGGAUUUGGACGUCGCUUUUAGAGACAAAAGCUUCCCAGAAGAUGCUUCUAUUAUCUUGCAUUUUGUUGAUGACGUCACUGAUGUCCCAAAUGAGGAAUUUAUCAAACAUGACGUCACUUUUGAGCCACAAUGUGACGUCACAGCCUGGGAUUCCAUAGAGGACUUGGCUGGAUCACCUGUUGAUAUUUUAGAUUUAAAUCAACCACAUACAACAGGGCCCUUAGAUGGAUCUUUAUAUGCAACUGUUGCAAAUAAACCGAAACAUCAAAUUUCCUAUCAAGUUACAGAACAAAUUACUACACAAGUUUUGCCUGGAAGACAAAAUGUCCCCAAACAAAGUGUAAUUUCUCCCUUGACUCUUUCUAUGGACAGUGGAAUAUCCACAACAGGUCAUUCCUCAGGACACAGUAGACACCAAACAACAAGUACAAAUUUUUCUACAAAUAAUACUCCUACCCCUAAUAAUAAUUUUAGACUAAAUUCGGCUUGUUCGGAAAAUAGUUCUUCGCAAUUGAGUCAACCUUCACCUGCAGAGGACAAACAUCGUGAACUGGACGAACUCUUAAGGGACAUGAUGUCGAAUGUCAGGGAUAUCCCAGAUUUGAGAACAAGGGCCACUUUGGCAGAACCCACUAAGAACACAAAAUCGAGUGGAAGUGGAACCCACAAUUCUUCUUCGGAGUUCGAUUUGCACAGAGAACACUCGGAGCCGGGCAACUCGAGAGAACGUUACCACCGAUUCGAUUAUUCCGGUUACAACGAAGAACCAUCAACCCCAAGUAACAUCCCUUAUCACGCCCGUGAAGACAGCGAGCCCUUCAGUUACGGCCUGGUGCCAUCAGGAGGAACCAGAUCGUAUUCCCAGCAAUCUUACCAAAGAUCCAGGAGCGAUGCCAACUACAACCAGCCUCUAGAAAGUCCUUCGAGGACUACAAAUUACCAUUACACCAACGGUGGUAGGCCAGGAUCAUCCCUUAGCAAUCGACCAGGAUCAGCAGCCAGCGAUUAUCCUCAGUACCAGGGUACUUUGAGACGCCAAGGAGGUGGAUAUACAAACCAGGAUUUAGGACAAGUCCGUCCAGGGUCUUCGACUGGUAACUAUCAUCAUCAGGAUUUGCAAAGUGAGCACAGUACUUUAACCAGGCAAGGUACAUCAGGGUACCCGAGUGCCCAUAGUACGUUAACCAGGAGCUUUUCCGAUACUGUGACCAGGAAUCCGGUUCCUGAAACUUUAAAAGGCGACCAGGAUUUGCAAAACGCUUCCAUCAUGAUCAGGAUGCGUCCUGGUUUGUCCAGUCCGAGUCUGGUGAGGAAGAUUACUGGAAAUACUGGCGACUAUUCAGCAAGUGACGCCUACGCAAGUUCAUCAGAUUACGAAGGACCAAGUACUCCCAAAAAACAGGAAUUUAAUCUAAAUGGAACUUCCAAAUACGACAGACAGACCUCCGACGAUGUUUUUACAAAUAAUAUGAAAUAUUCAACAAUGAUGUCUAGAAGUAAUACCGAUGGAGCUUUGAGGUCCAGAAGUUACAGUUUGACCCAAAACAAUACGAAUACAUACAAACCCAGUUUUAACAGUCUUACAGAUAGCCCGACUUCUCCGACGCCAACUCCGACAGGUUUGACGUGGCUGCAAAUGCAGCAGCAAAAAUUGCUGCUGCGGAAGCAGGGUAAAGAAUUCAGCAGAACUAAUGGUUACAGCAGCAUUUCUACAAACCAGAGAAACUAUAGCAAUGAUUUUAGUUCAGAAUUUAAUUAUGGGAAGAAUUCUAGGCACUAUAGACCGAGCGCUAGUCACAGGGCUGAUGGAUAUACAAGUGAUACAACAGCUUUUGCAGACGAUGAUGAAGAUUGGUCAAUACCAAUACAUGUGGAAACUACCAGGAGUGUCCAGGAGUCACCAGAUUUACCACACAGAACCUCUUCAAGGAAGUACCAUACAAUGACAACAUCCGGAAACAAGAUGACGACUUCCGGAACAUUUUCCGGAAACGGAACACUUUCACCCGGAAACGGAUAUAAUAAAAUGGUGUCGGAAAAUUACAAAAUGUCGUCUUCGGAUAAUAAAAAUGAGAGGCCUUUUGUUGCAGUCAAGAGACAACAUGAGAUGAAUAAGAAGAUGAAUUUUUCGAGCUCGGGUUCUUUAAACAGAAAAGACGAGCUCGAUUCCUUCACCCUCCAACCAUACACCGAAAAAGAAAAUAUAAGUCCGACAAGAAAAUUUACUGAAACGAAAUGCUUUCGUGGAAAGACACAUAAUAUAAUUUAUAAAUUCACUUCGACAACUGUGCCGAUUACAAAUAAUAACGGUCCACAAAAACGCUGGAAGACUACCAAAAAAGAGGAAUACAUCAUGAAAACCACAACAUCUCCUGGUGCAAUGAGUCGUCCAGAAACACCAGCUUUUCCAGUAGCACCAAGAACACCAUAUUUUGGACACAGUUCCAACCAACUUCAACAAUCCAGGGAACAACAUCAUCAACAGCAAUCUAAAGAAUACCAUCAACAGCAACAUCAAUCUAAGGAAUACCAUCAGUCCAGGGAAUUCCAGCAAUCAGCCAAAAAAGAGUACCAUCAGGAGUACCAAGGAACCAGAAGUGGUCAACACCAGCAUUUCUUUGGGGAAAAUUUUGGAGAAAAAUCAAGGACUGGUGAAGUUCAGGCUGCUUUGCCUCCAAAAAGCCCCAACAUGCAACGACGUUUGAGCAACUCCUCGAAUUGGUCCAGAAGUACAGAGAGCACCCUUAAGGGAUCAGUUAGCCGUGACCACAAUUACCAGUACAGUACCGAAACUUUGUACAAUACCGCCGGAGGAGAUUCGAAUCGAUUCAACAAUUCGACAAUUACGAGACGAAAUGUUCCACUUUCGAAUCUUGAAAAUUCAAUGCAGCAGAACGAAAUUGUCCAAGAGGUUUCCCAGGCAAAUGUUAAAUUUGCGAGAGACAUUUCCAAAUUUUGGUACAAGCCAAAUAUUUCUAGAGAGGAUGCUAUUGCUUUGAUUAGACAUCGACCACCAGGAACUUUCAUCAUUCGAGAUUCAAAUAGUUUUCCAGGAGCUUAUGGACUUGCAAUGAAAGUUGCAGUUGCUCCUAAACAACAAAAUGGAACCACAUCAGGAUCUUUACCUGGUGACGAACUAGUUCGUCACUUUUUGAUCGAACCAACAGCUCGAGGAGUUCGUCUUAAGGGAAUUAAUGACGAACCAGCAUUUGGUAGUUUAUCAGCCCUGGUAUACCAGCAUUCCCUAACACCUUUGGCCCUACCAUGUGCCCUUCUUUUACCAGAUAAAGAAUUAACACUUCCUCAUAAGCAAGACGAUGUUUCUCUUCAGCAGCACCAAAUGCUGUUGGAACAGGGUGCAGCAUGCAACGUUUUAUAUCUAUUCUCUUGCGACACCGAAAGUUUAACAGGUCCUCAAGCUGUUAAAAAAGCUGUUUCUAGCUUAUUUGCUUCGAGACCUCUUCCAGCUGCUACAGCUGUACAUUUUAAGGUUUCUACCCAAGGUAUAACCCUGACAGACCCUUCAAGAAGCCUUUUCUUCAGAAAACACUACAAGGCCGAAACAAUUUCGCAUUGUGGUCUCGACCCGGACGACCAUAUGUGGAGUGUUAAACCCGAAAAUGGAGACACCAAUGCACAACCAAUAAGCAUCAAUCGAAUAUUUGCCUUCGUUGCCCGAAAAUGUGGCCCCUCCGUUGGAAACCAAUGCCAUGUUUUUUGUGAAUUGGAACCGCAUCAACCGGCUACUGCUAUAGUGCAGUUUGUUCAUAAAAUUUUGCAAACUGUUCAACAACAUCAACAAAAUAGUUUGCAACAACAAAAUGUUUUGUGAAUGUAAAGGUAAAGGUAAAAAAUUCACAAAAGUUUAAAAAAUUACAAAAGUUUUGUAAAUGUUUGAAAUUUUGGU